AUGGCACAGGCAGCCAAACAUCUGAGGAAGAACAAGGAUUUAGAGGCUCUAGCCGAACAGGAGAGGAAAGAGAAAGAGGAGGAGCAGUCCAGGAAGAGGAACCGCUCUCGGGAUAAAAAGCGCAAGGCUGAUGCUGCCACCAGUUUCCUUCGUGCUGCCCGCUCUGGGAAUCUGGACAAGGCUCUUGAUCACAUCAAGAAUGGGAUUGACAUCAAUACAGCCAAUCAGAAUGGGCUGAACGGGCUGCACCUGGCCUCCAAAGAGGGCCACGUCAAAAUGGUGCUUGAACUCCUGCACAACGGCAUUGUCCUGGAGACCACCACCAAGAAAGGGAACACUGCCCUCCAUAUUGCAGCACUGGCUGGACAGGAGCAGGUGGUCACAGAGCUGGUUAACUAUGGUGCCAACGUCAAUGCACAGUCCCAGAAGGGCUUCACCCCACUCUACAUGGCAGCACAAGAGAAUCAUCUGGAGGUUGUGAAGUUCCUCUUGGAAAAUGGAGCCAAUCAGAGCAUUCCAACAGAGGACGGCUUUACCCCUCUGGCGGUCGCGUUACAGCAGGGUCAUGAGAACGUGGUCGCUCUGCUCAUUAAUUACGGCACCAAGGGUAAAGUUCGCCUCCCUGCCCUGCACAUCGCAGCCCGCAACGAUGACACACGUACUGCCGCUGUCCUCCUGCAGAAUGACCCGAAUGCCGAUGUUCUCAGCAAGACAGGUUUCACGCCGCUGCACAUAGCUGCACACUAUGAGAACCUGAACGUCGCCCAACUGCUACUGAACAGAGGCGCAAAUGUUAACUUCACUCCCAAGAAUGGUAUCACACCACUCCACAUUGCUUCCAGAAGAGGGAACGUUAUCAUGGUUCGGCUCCUCCUGGACCGAGGGGCUACGAUUGAUGCUAAGACAAAAGAUGGGCUGACCCCACUUCACUGUGCCGCCAGAAAUGGCCAUGUACGGAUUAUUGAGAUCCUACUGGACCAAGGAGCUCCUAUUCAGGCCAAGACCAAAAAUGGACUGUCGCCAAUUCACAUGGCGGCUCAGGGAGAUCAUAUGGACUGCGUGAAACAGCUGCUGCAGUACAAUGCUGAGAUCGAUGACAUCACACUCGAUCACCUGACACCACUCCACGUGGCCGCACACUGUGGACACCACCGCAUGGCCAAAGUACUCCUGGACAAAGGAGCCAAACCCAACACCCGGGCACUGAAUGGCUUUACGCCACUCCACAUUGCCUGUAAAAAGAACCACAUACGUGUGAUGGACCUGCUCCUGAAACAUGCCGCCUCUCUGGAGGCUGUGACGGAGUCUGGCUUAACGCCUCUCCACGUGGCCUCAUUCAUGGGUCAUUUGAACAUAGUGAAGAUUCUGCUGCAGAAGGGAGCGUCUCCGAAUGCAUCUAAUGUGAAAGUGGAGACCCCACUGCACAUGGCCUCUCGGGCAGGCCAUUGUGAUGUGGCUGAGUUCCUGUUGCAGAAUUCAGCUCCAGUCGACGCCAAGGCCAAGGAUGACCAGACUCCCCUCCACUGUGCUGCACGCAUGGGUCACAACGAACUGGUCAAACUCCUGCUGGAACACAAGGCCAAUCCCAACUCCACCACCACAGCUGGACACACGCCGCUCCACAUCGCUGCACGCGAGGGACACACCAACACCGCACGCAUCCUGCUGGACAUGAAUGCUCAGCAGACCAAAAUGACCAAGAAAGGCUUCACUCCCCUCCAUGUAGCAGCCAAGUAUGGAAAGGUGGAUGUGGCAGAGUUGCUCCUGGAGAGAGGGGCCAACCCCAAUGCUGCGGGCAAGAAUGGCCUCACUCCCCUACACGUGGCUGUCCAUCACAACAACCUGGACGUUGUUGACCUACUGGUCAGCAAAGGAAGCUCCCCCCACAGCGCCGCCAGAAAUGGAUACACUCCCCUCCACAUUGCAUCUAAGCAGAAUCAAGUGGAGGUGGCCAAUAUCCUACUGCAGCACGGGGCGUCGGCCAACACCGAGUCUUUACAGGGGGUCACGCCCCUGCACCUGGCCUCGCAGGAGGGCCGCCCCGACAUGGUGUCCCUGCUCAUCUCCAAACAGGCCAAUGUCAACCUGGGUAACAAGAGUGGACUCACCCCACUUCACCUGGUGGCUCAGGAAGGUCACGUGGCUAUAGCUGACAUCCUGGUGAAGCAGGGGGCAUCGGUGUAUGCAGCCACCCGGAUGGGCUACACACCUCUGCACAUAGCAUGUCACUAUGGUAACAUUAAAAUGGUGAAGUUCCUCUUGCAGCAGCAGGCCAACGUGAACAGCAAGACGAGGCUGGGGUACACACCUCUCCACCAGGCUGCCCAGCAAGGCCACACUGACAUUGUGACAUUGCUACUGAAGCAUGGAGCUCAGCCGAACGAAACUACCACAAAUGGCACCUCUGCCCUGGCUAUCGCAAAACGUCUGGGAUACAUUUCUGUCAUCGACGUCCUAAAACUUGUCACUGAGGAAACAGUAACCAUGACCACAACAGAAAAACAUCGAAUGAGUUUUCCAGAGACAGUAGAUGAGAUCUUGGAUGUUUCCGAGGAUGAAGCUAUCGCACAGCUAACGAUAGGUGAGGAGCUGCUGGGGACAGAGGGCGCCAGGUAUAUGAAGAUGGAUGACUUGAAAAGCCAUGAUGAGGAUUUCCUCUCCCCACAGAAAGCUAUAGAGUACGGCAGCAGGAUGAGAGAAAUAUUGAAUUAUUCCCCUGCUAUCCCGAGGAUUCCUUGUGUCUCUCCAGAGACUGUUAUCCUGAAAGAGCAUGAGAUUGAGCAGCACACUCCAAUCCCCCUGCAAAAGGAGUAUGAUGAGGACUCUCUGAUCCCUAGUAGCCCGGCCACAGAAACCUCUGACAACGUCAGCCCAGUAGCCAGCCCUAUCCACACUGGGUUCUUGGUAAGUUUUAUGGUGGAUGCUCGCGGUGGCUCCAUGAGAGGGAGUCGGCACAAUGGUCUGAGAGUCAUAAUCCCUCCACGUACUUGUGCCGCACCUACAAGGAUUACCUGCCGCCUUGUCAAACCACAGAAACUUACCACCCCGCCUCCACUGGUAGAGGGGGAGGGGCUUGCCAGCCGUAUCAUCUCUCUCGGGCCCGCGGGCAUGCAGUUUCUAGGACCAGUGAUUGUGGAGAUUCCUCAUUUUGCUGCACUUGGUCGUGGAGACCGGGAACUAGUGGUCUUAAGGAGUGAGAAUGGAUCUGUGUGGAAAGAACAUCGUAACCGAUAUGGUGAUGAGGUUUUGGAGACCAUCCUCAAUGGAAUGGAUGAAGAUCUCGAGAGCCAAGAGGAGCUGGGCAAGAAACGAAUUCGGCGCAUCAUUUCCACCGAUUUCCCCCUCUAUUUCGCUGUUGUCUCACGCAUACAGCAAGAGAGCGAUUUGAUAGGUCCUGAGGGCGGCCAACUGACAAGCAAACUCGUGCCUAUGGUCCAGGCUACCUUCCCUGAGACAGCCGUCACCAAGCGCGUCCGCCUGGGACUGCAGGCCCAGCCUGUCCCUGACGAGCUGGUAGCCAAACUCCUGGGUAACCAGGCCACCUUCAGUCCAGUGGUGACGGUGGAGCCACGGCGGCGCAAAUUCCAUCGACCUAUUGGCUUGAGAAUUCCCCUGCCCCCAUCCUGGAGGGAUAGUCCGAGGGACUCUGGUGAAGGAGACACGACCAGCCUCCGCCUGCUCUGCAGUGUGAUUGGUGGCACGGCCGCUGCCCAGUGGGAGGACAUCACUGGCACCACCAAGCUUAUCUAUGCUAAUGACUGUGCCAGCUUCACCACCAAUGUAUCUGCACGGUUCUGGCUUGCAGACUGUCCUCGGACCGCAGAGGCGGUGUCCUUCGCCAACCUCCUGUACCGUGAGCUGUCAGCUGUGCCCUACAUGGCCAAGUUUGUGGUGUUUGCAAAGAUGAACGAGCUGAGGGAGGGCAGGCUGCGCUGCUACUGCAUGACCGACGAUAAGAUGGACAAGACUCUGGAGCAACACGAGAACUUCACCGAGGUGGCCCGCAGCAGGGACAUAGAGGUAAUGGAAGGUAUGCCACUGCACUUGGAAUGUUCUGGAAAUUUGGUCCCCAUGAGGAAAGCUACACAGCAGCCUCGCUGCUUUAGUUUUCAGGCAUUCAGAGACAACAGGCUGCCCGUCUCUGUCAAGGUGAGAGACAGUAGUAAAGAACCUUCUGGAUUCUUGUCCUUCCUGCGCAAGUCCACUAAAUAUGAAGACAGCCAGCAUGUGUUGUGCAACCUCAACAUCACCAUGCCACCAUGUAUAAAGAUUGUAGGGAGUGAGGACCGGAGACGAACUCUAACCCCUUUGGCCCUGAGAGAGAGAUACAGUGCUCUGAAUGAGCCAGCCAUGGCAUCACUGAGUGCCAUGGAGAGGACAGAGAUAAAGAUGGCUUUAAUUGCUGAACAGCUGGGACUGAGCUGGGCUGAGCUGGCCCGAGAGCUGCAGUUCAGUGUGGAUGACAUUAAUAAGAUCCGUGUUGAGAAUCCGAACUCCCUCCUGGAGCAGAGUUCAGCACUACUCAAUUUAUGGGCCACCCGGGAGGGCAAGAGAGCUAAGAUGGAGAGUUUGUUCAUGGCUCUGAAAAGCAUUGACCGAAUGGACAUUGUGAACAUGCUGGAAGGCCAAGGACAGCAGACUGCUCGUCUGGGGACUCUCAGCCAUGAAACCUCAAGACACAAACACAAUGAUCAUGAUCACCUUCCACCUGGUAUGCCUAACGGUUACGGGCUGUUGCAGGAGGAGCUUCUCUCCCCGGCCUCAGUGCAGUACAGUCUGCCCUCGCCGCUGGGCAAUGAGCCCUACUGGCAGGAGGUGUCCAGCAUGGAGUGUGCGCCCAUCGCCACCACAGAAGAGGACACCCUGAUGGAGAUGUCAGAGGUGCAAGUGUGGCCUUCUGGCAACAGUCCCUCACUGGUGGCUGUGGAGGACUCCUCACUAGAGUGCAGCAAUGCUGACGAUUCAGAAGGUCUACUCUACGGGAGCCUGGGCCGACCGGGCAGCAUCGGUCCCAGUGGAGGAAAUCAAGAAGUGGGUCAGGGAGUAUUGAGUGGCUCCAUAGAGCUUCUAGAUGAUCAGUCCAUAGGGGCUGACUCAGAGAACAGCGCUGCCACACCGGGCACGGGCCGAGGGGUCAACAUCAAUGGGCUGGGCAGAGGUCGUGAGGUGGAGGUCUUGGAGAAGGCAGGAGAGGUGGCAGGCUCGGUGGGUGGCGGCAUGUCGGGAGGAACUGAUGGUGAGUCUGGAGGAGGAGGAGGUGAAGGUGGACAAGGCUCAGAAGAAGGCCUCUCUGUCGUUACAGGGCAACAGCGCGUGUAUGCCCGGAUGAGUGAUUCUCCUGGGUUGAGUCGACUGAGUGAUCAUAACGGAGACAGAUCGGGCAAUGGUUCCUUCUUGUCUUAUCUGCCAGAUCAGACAGGUUGGCAUUCUGUCCAAGACCACACCCAGGUCUGGGUGGGGAACUCUCAGCAGUCCCUGCAAAGACAAGCCAUGGAUACUAUGAUGUCAUCAAUGCGUACUGCAGUAGAAGGAGACUCCGGCCAAUCCCACAUGUCCCAGGAGGCUUUGCUUCAGCCAGUUCGAGACAUGGGGCACUCAGAGAUCCUAAGAGGGCAUUUUCGGGGCACUCAACCCUUUGAGAAGGGCCUUGGUUUCCCACACAGAGUACCUGAACUGCAUGGCUGGGACGAGAUGCAUCUCCGAGGACAGGGCGAUGAGGCUGAGGAUCUUCCUGGGGAGCAAGUGAGCGAGGAGCAGUUUACAGACGAGCAUGGCAACAUCGUCACCAAGAAGAUCGUGAGGAAGGUGGUUCGACGGGGAAAAGGUGAAGAGGGGGGUCAGGAGGUCAUCACUGAGGGAUCUCAGCAGGAUGUCUCUGAGUUGGACGUUGAUGGAGAGCAGUUGAUGAGCUACGCUGUCCUGGGCCGUGAGAGCAAGGACUUGUCAACCACACCCAAACCCUCUCUCAUAGACACAUGACUGGGAGUGAGUGUGGAGGAAUGAAUGAAGCUAAACCAGAACACUGAACAUUACAAAUGGACACUGUCUCCAUGACUACGCUCACAAUUACACAACAGCACCUGAAUGCAGUGGGGAAAAUGGAUUUUCUUAUCUUUUUUUUGUAAAAGAACCAAACAGAAAAGAAAAGAAAGGAAAAAAAAACUUUAACAACACAUACCAAGAACUAGGUUAGAGGCAUGAUGAUUUCAUAUAAAACAAACCCAAACCUAGAAGAAAACCAAAAAAAAGAAAAAAAAAAAAAGCAUCCAAAAAGUGCUUCCUUGUAACCUCUGUGUGAGCAUGUGAGAGUGCUGUUGCAUGGCUCGCCUUUAUCUGCAGCACUCACUGCGAUGGACUCAGGCAUCUCCCAGCCAAGUAGAAAGACUGUCAAACCAGGAUGUGACGUAGGGUGUCCGGGGCAACCAGAGUACUGAGAAAAGCCCUGUUUUUCUGGAAGGUACUUUGUAAAAGGAGAUGUGAAAAGAUGCCGUAUAUAAUCCAGUUAAGCAACAGUUUCCCCCUCACACCCCUACAGAUUAGAGUCUUCCGACAGCAAGUGCUAUGGAAUAGAUUGGAAUCUGCUUCUUUCCUGAGAUAAUCUCUCUUGGGACACUGUUCUCUCUCAAGUAGUGGCAUUGUACAUAGUUUAUGCACACAAAUGCUACGUGAAUGUGUGUUCCAUGUUUCCGUGUUUUAUG